AUGAAUACGUUAUUCCAGAAACAGGUUUAUAAAUUAACUCGUAGAAUAGAUUCAAUUUCCAAUAAACAAGCUUCUAUUCUAAUGGAAAAUGAUUUUGAACAAAAAGAACAAACGUCAGUCAAUGAUAGUUUGGAACGAAGAGAAUCACAGGAUAAUGACAAUGAUAAACUUGAAUGCUUUUAUCUUGAGAUAACGCCCAACGAUGGUCCUUAUCAAAACGGAAGUUGGGUAUUUCGAAUAGAAAUUACAGAUGAGACUGACUAUCCAGUAUGUCAACCAUUAGUCAGUUGUUUAACACAAAUUUAUCAUCCAAAUAUCGAUACAACCUACGGAAAUAAUCAUAAUAACGUUUGUUUAUCAACAUUGAAUGAUUGGGAGCCAACAAAUACGUUAGAUGACGUUUUACAAGGGCUUUUAUUUUUAUUUUAUGAACCAAAUGUUGAUGAUCCUCUAACAUCAAAUGUUUCACAAGAUGAUGAUGAAUUUUUAACCAACGUUCGAGUAUCGAUUGAAGGUGGAAUAGUUGAAGAUUUUGAUGAAUUUCAACAAAAUUAUGGUUAUAAAAAAUAUCUCAGAUUACAACAGAAACUAAAACGUGAAGAAGAUGAGAAAAUAUUUCAGAAUCAUAAUAACAGUUAUGAAUUAGAUUCAAAACUGAUUAAUCUAUUAACAAAAGAACCAAAUUUUAAACAAAUAUUUUCAUCUGAUACACUAGAUUUCUUAAUGACCGAACCAUUUAGUCAACAACAGACAGCAUCAUCCCCACCACAUUUGUCACAUUCAUUAUCAAAAACAGUGACAAAAGAUUCACCAAUAAUAUUAAAUAGAACAAAUUCAUAUGAACCUACAUCAGCAAUAGAGUGA